AUGGUUCACGUCAAUGUGUUGAAAAAAAUCAUGUGUGUUCUUGUGGUGAUACUGGUAGCUCUGACCGUUUGCCUGUGGAGAGAGACGAGAAGAAGCUACUACGUUCCUUUCAAGACGGAGGGCGAUGAUUCGCAGGUUCACAGGACUUCGGAAAAAUGGAACCCACUUAAAUCGCAGGAGCUUUUCCAUGAAGCAGCCAGUGAAUUGGGUCAGAUACCCAAAACUUGGUUUAGUAACCACAACAAAGUAAAAGGCAGCACCUCUAGAACGGCUGAAAAGUCCAAGAGGGCAGCACACUCUGUGAAGGUAUGGGAUAAGGACAGUUCAUCCAGAAAUCUCAUACCUAGGCUGCAGAAAGUCAGAAGAAACUACCUGUCCAUGAACAAGUACAAUGUGACUUACAACGGGAAGAGGAAUGCUGCUAAACUCAGCCCGGAGAAGCUGCUCUGCCAGCUGCAGAACAGGGUGAACGUGACCAUGAUACAGGGAUCGGAUGGUCCUUUUGAUACAUCUGAAUGGCAGCAAUACCUACCAGGGAAAAGCCUCAAUGAAACAGUGGGCCGCCUGGGUCGCUGUGCUGUUGUGUCCUCAGCAGGGUCUAUGAAAUCAUCUCAUUUGGGACAAGAGAUAGACAGCCACGAUGCCGUCUUGCGAUUCAAUGGGGCUCCUAUCAAGGGGUUUCAAGAAGAUGUGGGGCAAAAGACAACAAUUCGUCUUGUGAACUCCCAGCUUGUGACUGUGGAGGAGCAGCAGUUCCUGAGGGAAGCACUAUAUAACACUGGAAUCUUAAUUGUCUGGGACCCAGCACCCUAUCAUGCAGAAAUUCAUGAGUGGUACAGAAAACCAGACUACAACUUUUUUGAAAGCUAUAAGUCGUAUCGCAGCACACAUCCAGAGCAGCCCUUCUAUAUCCUGAAUCCAAAAAUGCAGUGGCAACUCUGGGAUAUUCUGCAGGAGAAUUCCUUGGAGCAUAUUCAGCCUAAUCCACCGUCGUCAGGAAUGCUUG